AUGGCACUUUCUAUCUACCGACAGGAGAACCUGGUGAAGCAUGAUCUUACUGUUUGGGGACAUGAAGUCCAUAUUCUCAAUACCUUGGUCAUCGUAACGCAACUGACAGCUUUGGGUAAUGGCGUCAUGCGACAAGUAAUUCACACUGCCCUUCGGAAAAGUGUUUCCUGGACAUCUGACGGUAGUAAUGAAGAUAAUCUGGCACUUGCAGAGGGUGACGUCUGCAUUGAACUUGAUGAUGACUUUUGGGCUCUCAAGCUAUCAUGGUUCCCCUCUUCUAAAAAACUUGCCACCAUUUUUGCCAUUGGUCGUCUCUGUGCCUUGCACAUUCUUCAGGUGCAAAAUGGGCCACACCCAAUCUCGCCAGCUCUUUUGAGCUUCAUCAUAAAUGGUGUCUCAUCUCUGACAACUUCAGAAUCAAACCAUUUGUGGCUUGGCAACAAUCUAUUCCCUACUUUAGCCAACAUUAUCAAGUCACUGCCCACCGAGGACGAGAAUGUGUCCAACCUUGUCAUGGAUGGAUUUGGUGAGAUUCGAGGCACCCCAUCAGAACACUGGCCAAUGGUACGCCGGGACUUGAUUUGUGCUGCUCUGCUCGGUUACUCCCAUGAUGAGUUUGUCAACUCCCAAGAGUACCAGGCUUUUAAAGAUGGAUUUGACCUCCAUGUGACGUCAUCCAUUCCUUCGCUCUCUGAGAUUUUACAACCAAGUUUCAGUAGCAUUCUUCGAUUGAUCUAUGAUUGCCAUCCAACUGCUGAUGUCUUGGAGAAUAUGCUAUGCUUUGAGGUUGAUGGUGAUGAAAACUUUCAUGCUCGAUUGUCUCCCUAUCUUCACACAUUCAAACGCGCUGUCCUGAAGUAUUUGAAUGGCAAAGGCCACCCCUGUGUUAGUGGAAUUCCCUUGGUGCCGGCAGACCCUCUAGCACGAUUUAUGGUCAAUGUUACACAGCAUGUCCCAGCUGAUGCCACGUUCAAUGGUCAUCUAAACCCAGAAACCGAUCUCAUUCCGCCCAUUGCACAUGCCUGCAUGCUUAGGCUUGACAUAUUCAUGAACCCGCCACUCAUGAACUGGUUGUGUGCACCAUUCUAG